AUGGUGGCUGGGCGCUGCGCGGAGUCCAGUUCCAGGAAACGGAAACUUCUGCUAGAGCCCACCUGGGAUGACCGUCAGCAGCUCUUGCAGGUUCUCUUUACCACUGAGGAAAGAGAGCAAAUCCAGGUGGAAGCCCAGAAGUCCGUCCUGGGUGACGACAGACAGCCAACUCAGAACUCCGAUCUCAUAAAUGCAGCUUUCCCCUUGUCUCACCCCGCUUGGGACUACAACUCGGCAGAAGAUACUUUUUCAGGAUGGACAGAGGCAUUUCCCACCAAACAUGAAACAGCACAGACCGUGACCAAGAAGCUGCUGGAAGACAUCUUACUGAGGUAUGGUUUUAUUAUUAAGAUUGGAUCAGACAACGGAUCAGGAUUCAUCUCUAAGGUAACACAGGGAGUAGCACUAGUACUUGGGGCAGAUUGGAAAUUACAUUGUGCAUAUAGGCCCCAGAGCUCAGGACAGGUAGAGAGGAUGAACAGACCAUUAAAAGAGACCUUAACUAAAUUAGCCCUGGAGACUGGCAGGGACUGGGUGACUCUCCUCCCCUUCACCCUAUAUAGGGUACGAAACUCCCCAUAUAAGAUGGGACUUACUCCCUAUGAGAUCAUGUUUGGUAUUCCUUCACCUAUUAUUCCCAAUUUAAAACCUGAGGUGCUUGCUGAGUUUGAUGAUCACCAACUCCUUUUCUCCCUCCAAAUGUUACAACGAACCCAUGAACAGGUGUGGCCUAAGCUGAGGGCCUCUACAAGACCGGGCCACCCCCGGACCCCCAUUGAUAUCGGCCGGGUGUACGUCCAGAGACACCAACAUCAGACACUUCAACCUGGCUGGAAGGGACACUACAUCGUGCUCCUGACCACUCCCACAGCUCUCAAGGUCGACGGGAUUACUCCCUGGGUCCACUACACCCAAGUCCGGCCAGCUGACCCACACGCUGUUCUCAAGGACUUUGUCCCAGAAUGGAAAAGCCAACCAAACAAGGACAAUCCCCUGAAGCCAGAGCUGUGGCGCUGGUAAUAAUACUCUUAACCUUGUUUACCCAAUGCCUUUCCAACCCCCAUAUGCCACAAAAUCUGACAUGGGUACUUUAUAAUGCAGCCACUGGAGACACUUUGAGUACCACCACCGGCUCACACCCACCCGGGACAUGGUUUCCCUCUUUAACUUUUGACUUGGCUAAACUCCUUCACCUAACCUGGGAUGAAACCUUCAUUAGUAAACAUCAUUUCUAUGUCUGCCCGGGGCACACCAAAGAAAAGGCACAACAAUGUGGAGGCACCAGCAGUUAUUACUGCUCUUCAUGGAGCUGUGUCUCCAGUGACCACAUCUGGUGGAACCCUCCUGUGAAAAAGGACCUUAUAUCUGUUAGCCGAACUGGUACUACGGGCCAGUGCUCUAAAUCUACUAAAUCUAUAGAGGGCACUUGCAAUCCAGUAAGCAUUACUUUUACUCCUGAAGGACGGGCAGAGAUGAGAUGGAGUACUGGACUCUGGUGGGGAGUAAGACUUUAUGAAAAAACCAGAGUUUUCCCCAGAGACCCAGGUGCUAUAUUCGGAAUCAAACUCCUCCAGCAACCCUUAACUAACCCAGUUGCCUGAAGCCCAAGCCCUGUGCUAGCACCUCCUCCGCCCAAACCUCAGACAACUCCUACCUCCCCACCGCCCUCCUCUGUACCUACUGUGCCGUCUGCAUCCAAGAAUACCCCUGAUGCAGACACAGUCACUCCUGCCCCGACCUAAACCAGCCUGGACCCAUGACUGGGUCCUUCCUUAGGUACAUCUGAGAGGGGGGAAUGUGGAGGCCGAGAAAAUUAAGGACAUCCCACCUCAAGUUUAACCUUAGGAAGAGUACAGCCAUCUUAGCUUCAGCAGCCAUCUCAGGCCCUAGUGACCAGGGGCUGAACUUAAGUUCCAGGAAAAACCGCUAUACCCAACCCUGCAACACCCCAGCAACAGCUAAUCAGCUUACUCAAGGAAAGUCUGAAAUUUCCCUUCUUCCCCCAACCAAAGCCUCUUGUAAUGACACAUAAAUACCUCUGCCUUAACUAGACUCGGGGUCCAAGUCCCUACUCUGCUGUGUUGGGUAUACUUGGGCCCAAGCUUAAGCUUGUCGAAUAAACCCUCGUGUGAUUGCAUCGGUGUUGGCUCCUUGGUGGUCUCUCGGACACGAAAACUUGGGCAUUACACUUGGUUGCCUUGUUAGUACAGAAGAAGCAAUGUUUAUCUCUUCCUCGGGUAUAGGAAAAAUCCUUCUUUAGUUAACUCUUGAGCUUUUAGCUGAAGCAUUUGGCAGAAUCAUAGUCAUGCUGGCUCUCCAUCCAGAGAAUAUUCCCAAGAACGUAUGCUCCAGGCCUGGCUCUGCUAAGGGAGGUUUUUGAAGCAACUCAUGCAAUAUGCAGUGAUGCUGGCUGCACAUGCUAAGGUUCCAGAAGGCUCUGGCCUGGGACGACCAGACCAGAUCUAUGUCAAGUCACAGUAAUCCUGCAAAAGCAGAUGAGACGGAAUAUGUCUGUGAAAGUGCCGGCUGACCACCAACCUGAUAUUCUAGAAGUGGGAAGUUUUAUUUGCUAUAUGUCCUUAGUGUCCACUCAAGUAUGAGUUUGCUUCAGGUGUUUUGGUAGUUGUACCUCCUGAAGGUACUCAGUCGUUCAAUGGCCUGUAGGUGAGAUCUAGUCCCUGACUUCCCCAAAGCCAGGCAAAUACCAUCUGGAGACAGACUAGAUUCAGAGAGCCAGAGGUGCAGAGAUAGAUCAUACCCAUUUCCUCUCAGGGGGUUGGCUGAUCGGGUACCCUAUUUGGUGCCAAAACUGGAAGCAAAACUGGGUGUUCUUCUGAUGAAGAAUUCUUUACGUUCCACCUGGGCCCAUCACAUUCAUCACUUCAGCAGGUGAAGGGAUAUAUAAAUGGUGGUAUGUCCAUACAAUGGAGUAUUAGUCAACAGUUGAAACAAAUGAGCUACCAAGCCAUAAGGACAUGAAGGAACAUUAAAUGCGUAUUGCUACAUGAAAGACAUACUUAAGAAGACUACAUGUUAUAUAAUUCCAAGUAUAUGACAUUCUGGAGAAGUCCAAAUUAUAGAAAUAAUAAACAGAUCAUUCCUUGCCAAUGGUUUAGGGUGAAUGGUACAGGUGGAACUCAGGAUACUUUUAGGACAGUGAGACUCUUCUUAUGAUGCAAUAAUGGUAGAUACCUAAUAUUAUGUAUAAUACAAAGAAUGAACUAUACUGUAAACUCUGGGCUUUAAUUAGGAAUAACAAAUCAAUAUUGGUUCAUCAGUUGUGACUAAUAUACCAUACAAAUGCAAGAUGUUAGUAUAACAGCAUAGCAGCUGGCCUUAAAGGUUGACUUGCUUCCAGUUAACACUCCUUACUUGCUGACCUAAGUCCCUUGAUCUACAACAGACUAAUUUACUUUCUUUGAGGUUUACUGACCACUGACCUUGAGGAGUGAAGGACCAGACCUUUCCCAGGCCACAGAAGCCAGCAAGUCUGUUUGAAACAGUCUUGGCUCUAUGAUUAGCCCAGCAAUUUUUUUAGCAAAAUGUUUUUCUUUCUCUCUCUCUCUCUCUCUUUUUUUUUGGUCACGCAAGUGAUUUUACUGACUUCCCUUUGUAUAUCUGUAGGUGUUGCCUUCCUUUGCAGAAAGAACAGAAUACUCCUG